GGCGGCCCGACGCGUGCGCCAGAGCGCACUCCUGCCCUUUCCCCGGCCCGGCGUCCUCCUGACGCUUUUGCGACAGCCGUAAGUGAGUGGCGGUGCCCGGUGGAGAGGAGCGGGCGGCGGCCGCGAGUGGCGGCGGCGCGAUGAGGCCGCAGCAGGCGCCCGUGUCGGGCAAGGUGUUCAUCCAGCGCGACUACAGCGGUGGUACGCGGUGCCAGUUCCAGAGCAAAUUCCCGGCCGAGCUGGAGAACAGGAUUGAUAGGCAGCAGUUUGAAGAGACUGUCCGAACACUGAAUAACCUCUAUGCAGAAGCUGAAAAACUUGGGGGCCAAUCUUACCUUGAAGGGUGUCUCGCCUGUCUGACUGCCUAUACCAUCUUCUUGUGUAUGGAAACGCAUUAUGAAAAGGUUCUAAAGAAAAUUGCCAAGUUCAUUCAAGAACAGAAUGAAAAGAUCUAUGCUCCUCAGGGCCUCCUUCUGACAGACCCCAUUGAAAGAGGACUAAGAGUUAUUGAAAUUACCAUUUAUGAAGACAGAGGUAUGACCAGUGGAAGAUAAAACUGUGGAGUCUCAGAUAGCUCAACAGUGGACUUGCUGUAUCGAAGUUCCCCUACCUCCUACUACAGAGCAUCAUUCCUUUCUUUGCUGCCAGAUCCACAGUGCCAUCUACUACAAGGACUAACUUCCUAAAACUGCUCCACGUGGGGUGACCUGGCUGGUCAGCAUCCAUUUUGUGGCAAACUUUUAAGCAAUUAGAUCACUUCUUAGUUUUUUGGGGGUUUUGUUUGGUUUUGGGUGUGGUGUUUUGUUUUUUUUUUUGUGGUUUGUUUUGUUUUUCAAAAAAACCCAAAAGUGGUAAAGCUACCAUACUCUUCUGAAAGAAAGAGGGCACUUAGCCCAACAGAAGUCUAUUUCUAGUUGCGUAAGCACAGUGCUGUUCUUCCCUAGUUCUUAAACCCUUCUGUACAUCAGUUGGGCUUUGGAAAACUGCAAGUCAGAGUUGGGAAUUUUCCAGAAACGAGGCCUUCCCUCAAGUUCAGUCUUGGAGUGAGGGGAUACACAGUGCCUCUGCCUGGCGAGAAGUGACUCAAGGCAAUGAGGAUUUUAUAUUUCCUGUGUUGAUCCUCAUGGAAAACCAGAAGGCAAGGGGUUACUUGUUUCAAUGUUUUCAUUGUUCCUAGAAGGGGGAGGAAUAGCUGGAGUUUAAUAGUGGUGUUUUUUCUACUAUGUCUGUGCUGUUACUGCAUCUGUCAGUGCUCACCAGAAGAGGGGGGUCUACUCAUUCAUAAAACAGUAAGUACAAUAAAAUGGAUGCUGAACCAAUAAACGUAACAAUUCCUACCCUACUCUGAUUAAUAUGUGAAGUGUAAGACUUUCUUUAUGGAUUUAUUGUAUAUAAUUUAUAGGAAAACAUUGGUUUGACAGACUUUUAGAUGUUGUGUAAGGUGGUUUCUUAAUUUUCUCUGCUGGCAACUAUUGAACAGUGGAGCUGUGCGUUACUCCGUAUCCCCCACACAUUGACAUUCCUCAGCAAUCCCUGCAAAAGUAAAAGUUCCUACCAACCAGACUGGUUUAGCAUUUUUCUCUUGUAUCCUUUUCCCAUAUCAAAGCAAGGAUGUCCUGGUUUUGGUUCAGAGCGUCAGUGUGCAGUUGCAGAAGGAAUUCAAGCAUUCAGGAGAGGAGACGGCCUGUGCAGAGCGGUUUGGGCUUCUGGUGGUGCUGUAGGUGCUAAUACUGGAUCUGAAAUUCCAGGCUUACUACUCAGCCACUGAUUAUUUUGGGUUUUUGAGAUUUGUUUAACAUUUUAAUUGUAUAAAACUUGUUUUUUCUAAACUGUAACAGUGUUUGCCUUUCACAUCUGUUGCAAUAUUGGCAGGAGUACUAACGGAUUAGUAAAUUUUUUCUUAAACGA